ACAGACUGACAGUAAGAUCGAUACGUAACUCCGUUUAAUUCAUCACGGUAUACUAUUCUAUUGAUAAUAUAUAAUAAUACAUCGCUUUAACAAUCUAGAAGUAGAAAUAAUUAUUUUAAACGGAGUUUUUAAUAACGAAAGUGAAAACAACGGAAGUUGGAUGGAUAUUCUGUGAGAUGCACUUCGGCUCCGGAAAAACAAUACAAAUAAACUAAAAAAGACGUGUGGGGGACAAUUUUCAGCUGGAAAAUAUUUGAAAUAGGUAACACAUACGAAAUCACGGACUCAAGAUGACGUCAAUAUCACAGACUCUAGAUGACAUGAAACGGGGCUGUAGUGGAUACUUAAUGAUCCGACAAGAGGAAACAAGAGAAGCUCUGGGGAAUGUCCUUUAACCCAGGGAAGUGCUGCAUUUUGCGAGUGUGCAGUAAGCGAUCACCAAUCCUAUACAGUUACACCCUUAAAGGCCACACGCUUGUAUGUGAAGAAGCAUAAAAAUACCUUGGGGUUGAGCUGACAAAGGACAUGUCCUGGAAGCCACAUAUCCAAAAAGUGCUUAAGAAAGGCAACAGUUCCCUUGGUUUCCUACGCAGAAACUUACGGAUAGGCAACGAGGAGGUAAAAAGUGCAGCAUACUUUUCCCUUGUUCGCUCCAUCCUAGAGUACUGCGGCACUGUGUGGAGCCCAUACCAUAAGGAGCAGAUCCAUGACCUGGAGAUGGUCCAAAGACGAGCAGCCCGCUAUGUUACGAACAGAUACCACAACACCAGUAGCGUCACAUCAAUGCUCGAACACCUACAGUUGGAAACUCUAGAGUCCAGAAGAACCAAAGCCAAGCUGACAAUGGUCUAUAAGAUAACCAACGACCUCAUGGACAUACCAGUUUCGAAAUAUCUUUCCCCUGGCUCAAACCGGACACGAGCAAACUACUCCAUCAAGUUCCUGCCAUUAUCGACAUCCACUUCAUUCUAUCGCCACAGCUUUUUUCCAAGUAUAAUUGCCACCUGGAACAACCUACCAGCCUCCAUCGAGGGAGGCUUAUCAGCAGGGUCCUAUAAGCGUAUAAUUAACAGGCCAUAAAGACAGUUAGCAUGCUGGCAUAUCUCUUACUUAGGGCCAUAUCCAAUUACCACAUGCUCUCA